ACAACUUUGAUUUCUUCUGCAAACUCCUCCCCUUCACUUUCUCUGUUCACUAUGUCUAAUAAUUACUUGUGUCUGCUAGGAGCCAUAGAUAGUCUCUGGUUUCACCAAACCAUUCUUUUCCCAGAACCCAUUUCAUUACUUGGCCACGAAUCCACUGAAACACCUCAAGACUCCAUCGCAAAUAGUUCUUUCACGUACCCAUCAUCCAGCUUGGUCUCCUUAGCAGUUGCAGAUGAAGAAGUCUCAUCAAAUUUCUCAACCAUGUUAGAACCGGAAAUCCCAUCACCGGGUACACCAGAUUCACCAGAAAUUAGUACUCCACAGGAUUAUGAGAGGAAAAGACCAACAAGAUUAGAUAUUCUGGCCAACAGAUUGAUGUUAAUUCGCUCUCAGUCAUCAUCCCCAAUAUCAAAGGAUCAGAGAAGUCCUCGAAAAAACAGAAACUCUGGCUUAUUAACAAGGAAGCUGGAGAAAUCCAUGAGCAUGAGAAGCUUGGGGGAGCUAGAACUUGAAGAACUAAAGGGGUUAAUGGACCUGGGCUUCACUUUCGAGAAAGAGAACUUAAACCCACGCAUGAUGAGCUUAGUACCUGGAUUGCAGAGACUUGGAGUUGGAGUUCAUAGUAACAACAAAAGGAUACAGAACUCUAGCGAUAAUGAUGAUGAUCAGGUAGUUGCAGCUAAAGGUGAUGAUGGUGUUGUUGAUGAGGAUGUUGAAGUUGAGAGGCCAUAUUUAUCGGAGGCGUGGCUUAUAAAGAGGCCUGAUUCGCCGCUGCUGAAUCUAAGGUUGCCAACCAGAGUGUCCUCUGCUGCUGACAUGAAGAAGCAUCUGAAGUCCUGGGCCAGAACUGUUGCUUCUGAAAUUCAACAGGAAUCUUAAUGUAAACUGUAAAGUAUAGAUACGAGGGAGGUUCAAUUUGUUUUACCGGCAGAUUUUCAACUGUAAAAAUGUCUUUUUCACUGUCAGUUAAAAUGAAAUUGCGAAGAUUAUGAAUAGACAACUGCAAAGGUAAAGGCUAAAGCACUUGGUUUUCGUUC